AUGGAUCUAAAAACCUCAUUCAAAGGUGUCUCAUUGAACCCCAUUUAUGCAGGAAGUAGUGCCGUUGCCACUGUUUCAGAAAAUGGUACGAUACUAGCUACUCCAAUGCUAGAUGAAAUCAACAUAAUUGACCUUACCCCAGGUUCCAGGAACAUUAUACAUAGGAUCUCUAAUGAAGAUGAGCAAGAAAUAACUGCGCUAAAAUUAACUCCAGAUGGACAGUAUCUUACAUAUGUUUCUCAAGCCCAACUUCUAAAAAUCUUCCAUUUAAAGACCGGAAAAGUUGUCAGAUCAAUGAAAAUAUCCUCCCCAUCAUAUAUCCUCGAUGCAGAUUCUACUUCGACGCUUUUGGCAGUCGGUGGGACCGAUGGUAGUAUAAUUGUUGUGGAUAUUGAAAAUGGUUACAUUACUCAUUCUUUCAAAGGUCAUGGUGGUACCAUUUCUAGCCUGAAAUUUUAUGGUCAAUUAGAUAGUAAAAUAUGGUUAUUAGCGUCAGGUGAUACUAAUGGUAUGGUUAAAGUUUGGGAUCUUGUUAAAAGAAAAUGUUUACACACAUUACAAGAACAUUCUUCCGCUGUGAGAGGGUUGGAUAUCGUUGAGGUACAAAAUAGUGAUGAACCAUUCUUGAAAUUGCUUUCUGGUGGCAGAGAUGACAUUAUCAAUAUUUGGGAUUUCAAUAUGAAGAAAACAUGUAAGUUAAUAAAAACCCUGCCAGUAAACCAACAGGUAGAGUCAUGCGGAUUUUUGAGGUACCAUGAUGAUAAACACUUAAUAUAUACAGCAGGAGGAGAUGCCAUAUUUCAGUUAAUUGAUCUCGAAUCCGGUAUUAUGAUCAAAAAAACUAAUAAACCUAUAGAAGAGUUAUUCAUUAUUGGUGUACUUCCAAUAGUAAGCAGUUCGAAGAUGUUUUUGGUGAUGUCUGAUCAAACAUUGCAAUUAAUAAACGUGGAAGAAGUCAUAAAGAGUGAAAACGAGAUAAUAGAGGUUUCUUCGACUAUUGCUGGGAACCAUGGUAUCAUUGCUGACAUGAGAUUUGUUGGUCCGGAGCUAAACAAACUGGCAUUGGCUACUAAUUCACCAUCGCUAAGAAUCAUACCAAUCCCCGAUCUGGCAGGCACCACAGCUUCAUUACCGUUGGAUGUCGAAAUUUAUGAAGGUCACGAAGAUUUAUUAAAUUCACUAGACGCUACUGAAGAUGGGCUAUGGAUUGCAACUGCCUCGAAAGAUAAUUCUGCUAUCGUUUGGAAAUAUAAUGAGAACACCAGAAAGUUUGAAGUUUAUUCCAAGUAUAUUGGUCAUUCGUCUGCCGUAACAGCAGUCGGAUUGCCAAAAAUAAUGCCAAAGGGAUAUCCCGAAUUUUUAUUGACAGCAUCCAAUGAUUUGACUAUCAAGAAAUGGAAAAUUCCAAAACCAACUUUUCCUUUCGAUGUUCAAACCAUCAAAGUGUCCGAGUAUACUCGUCAUGCCCAUGAAAAAGAUAUCAAUGCAUUGUCAAUCUCUCCCAACGAUUCCAUUUUUGCUACAGCAUCAUAUGAUAAGACUUGUAAAAUAUGGAACCUUGAAAAUGGUGAAUUGGAGGCUACCUUGUCCAACCACAAGCGUGGACUAUGGGAUGUGACGUUUUGCCAGUAUGACAAAUUGCUGGCAACAUGUUCUGGUGAUAAGACCGUUAAAAUUUGGUCAUUAGAUACAUUCAGCGUUAUGAAGACAUUGGAAGGUCAUACUAAUGCAGUUCAAAGAUGUUCAUUUAUUAACAAGCAAAAACAACUAGUGAGUUGUGGCGCUGAUGGCUUGAUCAAAAUAUGGGACUGCUCCAGCGGCGAAUGUCUGAAAACUUUGGAUGGUCAUAACAAUAGGUUAUGGGCUUUAAAUACUAUGAAUGAUGGUGAUAUAAUCGUAAGUGCUGAUGCAGAUGGUGUUUUUCAGUUCUGGAAAGACUGUACUGAGCAAGAAAAAGAAGAAGAACAGGAAAAAGCCAAAUUACAGGUAGAACAAGAACAAUCGCUUCAAAAUUAUAUUAGUCAAGGGGAUUGGACAAAUGCGUUUUUAUUAGCAAUGACUCUAGAUCACCCAAUGAGGCUGUUUAAUGUUUUAAAGAAAGCGCUCGGCGAGUCAAGAUUGAGACAAGAUAUCAAAGAAGGCGAAUCUAGCGUAGUUUUCAAUGAGGAAUUAGACCACGCAAUUUCUACUCUAAAUGAUGAACAAUUAAUGUUACUAAUGAAAAGAUGCAGAGAUUGGAACACCAAUGCCAAAACACACACUAUAGCGCAAAGGACUAUAAGAUGUAUUUUAAUGUAUCAUAACAUAGAAAAACUAAGUGAAAUACCAGGCAUGGUAAAGGUAGUUGAUGCAAUAAUUCCAUACACUCAAAGACAUUUUACAAGGGUGGAUAAUCUAGUUGAACAAAGUUACAUAUUAGAUUACGCAUUGGUGGAAAUGGACAAGCUUUUUUAG